GAGGAACCAGAAAACAUCUUGCCACGUUCAACUUCCCCUUUUCUGUCGCUUACCUGCUGUUAUCAUCGGUACUGACUUCUUGUUAAAGAAGCAGCCGGGGAGAGACUCUGACAGUCGAGAGCCAGAGACCAAGAGAGAAGCACGAUGUCUGAAUUCAGAAGGAUCAUGAUGUCUUCAUUCCUGAUGCUGCUGCUCCACUUUCCAGCUGCAGAUGUGAAAUAUUACUCCCCCAUUGUCAGAGCUGGAGAUGAAGUCACUUUGCCUUUUGACAAUGUGAUAGAUGAUCAGGAUAAGUGUGAGAGUACUGAGUGGCUCUUCAGUUGUUCAGGAAACUCACGAGUGACGCUGUUUAAAGACGGGCAGAUUCACAACGAUUCCAAAGCUAAAUCAGACAGACUGAAUGUUACAGAGAAUUGUUCUCUGGUUAUAAAGAAGGUCACAGAGGAGGAUGCUGGUUAUUACCGCUGCAGCCAGUUCAACAAAUCAGGAGAACAACAAGGUCCGGAAUCUGUGGUUAUUCUGUAUGUGGUUACCAUGACUGGACAUCUGGACAAUGAUGAGGUGACGUUACGCUGCUCUGUGGUGCCAUAUGUACGGUGUAGACACAGAGUGAAGUGGCUGAUUCAGGGUCAAGAUGUGGAUAAAGAUCACAGAGAUAUAAAUAUAUCACAGUCUCUCUGCUCUGCCUCUGUGACAUUUCUGACUUCUCUCUUUAGUUACACAACAAGGUUUGAGUUGUUUACUUGUCAAGUAACUGAUGAUUACACAAGAGAAGUUCAUCUGUUUCCCGUCAGCGAUCAGUCCUCAGGACCAGACAGCAAACAUCCAGAAGGACCAGCUGUGUGGUGGGUCAUCAUGGUGCCUGUGGGGUUAGCAGCUCUCAUCAUCACCGUGGUUACAGUCCACAUCUGGACCAGAGCUAAAGGGGACAAAAAACGGAUGACAAAAAACCUCGAGCAGAAUGAUGAAGAUGAAGAUGAAGAUGAGGUGAACGAUGAAAACGAUGGAGGGGCUUCUGCCUCUGUGUGACUGAUCAACAACAUCAACUCCCCUCAGAGUCCAUGCUGUCAAACAUCACCUCCUCAUAUUCUACAGGAGAAAACAGGAGAACCAUGAGAUCAUUGGAACAUUUCUGAUGACUGAGAACACCUGAGCCCCAUGAGAGGCCCUUCAGAAACUCACCUCCAUAUGAUAGGAAACAAAGCUUAUUAUAUUCAUUCAUUUCUGAUGUAAUGUCCUUUAAGUAUGCUCUCACAUUCCCAUACAUAGUUAUAUAUCUGAUCUAUAGUCUACAGUCUCUGUAUAUAACAUCUCAAUAUUAGCAGUACUUGUACUCACACCUUAUACCUUCACUUCUCACUGUAACUGCUGCACAUGUUCAAACAUACAAGUGUUGGGUUGAAUUCAUAACAUUUCUAAAUUGUAAAAUGAUCCCUAAUCUAUAUUUCUUCAUUGUGCUCUCUAGGGACUUUCAGUCAAACUUGGUCUAAUCAAUUUUAAGAAUGUCUUUUAUUUGUUUUUGUUAUUAAUGAUUCAUAUAAUGUCUUAUAAUUAUCAUAGCGUGUACUUAUACCUACAGUAUAUAUACCUGUACUGCCUAACUGCUGCACAUGCUGUAUAUAUCUGAUCAAUAGUCUAUACAAUAUAUUUACUAUACUCUCUUUUUACUCUAUAUGUAUUCCUAAAGCUGAAAUGCCUCCAGUAUCUUAGGAUGUUUUAAUUAGCUUAAGUCCCAAUGGAAUAUGUUACUCCUUUUUUUACUACGGCUUUAAUGAUAUAUAACCCAAAUAAAAAGAGUACUUUUAAUCAAUGUUA